GAUUGUUACUAUGUUGAAGGUGUUCUUCGGCUGCCUUACGCAGAAAUUAACGAACCAUUCUAUGGCUGGUUCGAAAGCAAGAGAAGCCGAAGCAGGGUUGAUUACUAUGGUGCGUAUUCAGUCCAAACUUAUCAGCUAGGUGGCGAAACUUCAGGUGAUUAUGGUGUUAAUUUAAAAGUCGCCCCCAUGACAACUGAGGAAUUGCUGAAUGUAAAACAAUGCUUCCAACUUAAUGGCACCGAGGCAAGCCCUGUAGAACCACAAAGUCUGCUGCCUAAUUUGGAAGGGUUCAAGAACGUUGGGGAAGAAAUUAUGUACGGAAUCAAAUGCACAGUUUGGAGAAACGUAACCAGAGAAAGUGGGAAGAAGAACACGUACACAUUCUAUCAAAAUUCCGAAACAUCUGCCCCAGUUCGAUACGAGAUGACAGGAUACGAUACCUUGCUAAUAUCUCAUUACGAUAGAUACUAUAUCGAUUACGUUCACUUUACUGCCAGGAAGUCAUUUCCCGAUAGGAUCUUUACCAUUAAAAAUAAUCUGACUUGUUCCGGAUUUCCGGGCCCGGGUUUUUCCGGCGGCCAGCAUCAUCACGUGACCAUGAAUCCAAUCCGGGAGUUUAUCCACAACGACGUCGGAUACGUCGAUCAGGAAUUCAAGGACUUUCGGAAACGCCAUGGGAAGAAUUACGGAGGUGAGGCUGGAGAAGAGGACAAGGUCUUGGAGAGGAAGAAAAAUUUUCAUCAAAAUUUCAGGUUCGUGCAAUCACAAAACAGGAAAAAUCUCGGUUACACUAUGAAACUUAAUCACCUAGCUGACUAUUCGGACGAUGAGUUGAGAUUGCUGAUGGGCAAAAAAGUGAACAAUAACGAUAAAUUAACUUUUAAACGUAAUGGUGGAUUAAGUUUUAAUGAAUCCAACUUCUCCGACGUCUCCCCACCACCUGACCAUUGGGAUUGGAGAUUUCUAGGAGCAGUAACACCAGUGAAAGACCAGGCGGUUUGUGGUUCGUGUUGGUCGUUCGGUACGACUGGCUGUCUAGAAGGGGCCCAUUUUUUGAAAACAAAGGAACUGGUGAGGCUUUCCCAACAAGAGUUGAUUGACUGCAGCUGGGGCGAAGGUAGCAACAACGGGUGUGAUGGUGGAGAGGAUUUCAGGGCCUACCAGUGGGUCAUGAAGCACGGGCUGGCCUCAGAGGAGGAUUACGGGACCUAUAUGGGACAGGACGGCUACUGCAAAAUGAAAACAGUCCCACCGACGGCCGCUAUGUUGAAUUACGUCACCGUGACCCCUGGGAAUGCCACGGCCCUAAAACAGGCCAUGGUGAGGUACGGGCCCAUCUCCGUGGGGAUAGAUGCCGCCCACAAAAGUUUCGUCUUCUAUAGUAGCGGGGUCUAUUAUGAACCGGCCUGCGGAAACACACUCGAAAGCAUAGAUCAUGCGGUUCUAGCUGUUGGUUAUGGAACGCUAAACGGCGAAGAUUAUUGGCUGAUAAAAAAUUCUUGGUCCACUUACUGGGGCAAUGAUGGAUAUGUACUGAUCUCUCAGAAAGAUAAUAACUGCGGGGUUACUACUUCCGCCACCUACGUACUCAUGUGA